AUGGGAGACCGCGCCGAGCGUAUUCUCGCUAGGCUGGAAGAGGGGAACGAUCGUUUUGCGCGUACGAAUGGCCGCGGUGAGGCGCCACCCCUUGGAGAGAACCCCCAGUUCGACCUCCAUGUCUACGACCUGUAUGGAGAUAUCGACCCCAGGGUCGUCGACGUCGAGGAGCUCAGGCGCGCGGCCUGGCGUACCAUGGACACUGCAGCCCCCAAUGCCAGGCCCGCCCACGCCUCCAGUCACCUUGCGUCCAGCGGUGGCGGUGGCGACGACGAUCUGGAACGCGCUCUUGCCAUGUCCCGUAAAGAGCACCUGGACCAGCUCGGAACUCGCGACGCUCCCGUUGUCAUUGACGACGACGAAGACGAGCAGUUACAGCGCGCAAUUGCGAUGAGCACGGCUGAUGGCCCCAACACCAACGCCCCUAGCCGCGCCCAGACUCCCGAAGAGGAGCGCCGCAUGAUUGCCGAGGCCAUGGCCGCCUCCAUGCAGCCUCAAGAGACCGUUGAGGUUGAAACCGACUCGGACGCCGAAUUCGAGGCUACCAACGCGGUCAUGGAGGCCUCACGCAAGUCGUACCGUGACGAACAGGAGCGUGAGAGGAAGCGCCGCCGCACUGAAGAUGAACCUUCCUCGGCUACUGCCGGGCCUUCCUCCGUGGCUGGACCUUCCCGCGUCGCUGCUGUCAGCCCCUCACCGACCUUGGCCUCGGGAACGGCCACGCCUACACCAAGCGACAUUGUUACCGCUGCACCCGCCCCUGUGGCUGUCUCGAAGCCCUUGGGAGGGAUCGACCGCGCUGCCAUGGAGAAGGAGCGCCUUGCCCGUCAGGCUGCGCGCCAGGGAACCACCGCUGCUGGCUCCAACAAUGAAACGUCUUCCUCCGCCAAUGCUACGUCUUCUACUGCGCCCAGUGCCCAGACCGCUGGUGGUUCCGCAUCACGCCCAUUCUCAUCGUCCGCCCCCUCUCCCGGCACGCGUCUGCGCGACCACCCGCUUCAAUCAACCGGCCCCUUCCCUCGUGAUAAGGCGGGAGAGUAUUAUCUUGAUGGCGAGCUCCGUCAUGUGCACCUGGGCAUUGGCGAUCCCACGACGGAAAGCGUGUUCACUAUUCGUGACGUGUUUGCAGGACACAAGCACAUGAACUUGCUCAUUAUUUCCAGCUAUUGCUGGGAUCACGCUUGGAUUGAGAACAACCGCAUCCUUCCUGAUCCUGGUCUCGUUCCCACUAUCCGUAUCACUCGCCCUCAAACAAACGAUCGCACUGAGAGCCGUGCCAGUAGCGGCAAGUUACAGGGCAUGGGUAAUGGCGAAGUCUGGGUCUAUCCUACCAUGAACGGUUGGAUGGGCUCUGAGCACAUGAAGUUCGCUUUUAUCUUCUAUAAAACUGGUCGCCUUCGCAUCGCCAUUUUUACUGCCAAUAUGGUUGACUACGAUUGGGACCGUAUCGAGAACACGGUGUUUAUUCAAGACUUUCUCCCCAUCAAGGGCAAGGCCUCGCUUCCUCGUCCCGAAGACCUCCCCGACUUUCCCAGGCAGUUCAAAAAUCUCUUUCUGCACCUCAAGAUCCACAAGGGUAUCCAAAUGCUGUCUGCUAGCCACCCCUUCGGCCGCGACCUUCCACUCGGUAACAACGUGGAUUUCUCUGGCCUUGCCCGUUACGACUGGUCGCGUGUCAUUGUUCGUCUUGUGAUGAGUGUUACCGGUAGCUAUGAGGGCCAGCAGAAGAUGGCUCAGUACGGCGUCUGCCGUUUGGGCACCGUUCUUGCCGAGGAGGGAUGGGUCCCAGGACGUAGUGAGCGCCUGGUCGCCGAUUAUCAAGGUUCCAGCUGUGGCCUCUAUACUCCCAACUGGUUCAACACCUUUUACCGCCUCAUUAGUGGUAUCGACCUGGCGACCAUUGCCCGCAUGCACGAAGUGACCACUUGGGACCCGACGCCCCCCAUCAAGGUCGUAUUCCCUAGUCUGGCCACCGUAGACAACAGCAUUGGGGGCCGUCCCGGAGGAGGGACCAUGUUUUGCGGAAAGGCGUGGAACAAGGCCCCGGCCGCUCGCCCCCUCUUCCACGACGCCAACUCGAAGAGGGGUGGAGUGCUCAUGCACAGCAAGAUGCUCAUUGGACUGUUUGAGCCACCCCCUCAGACAAUCGGUGACAAGGUCUCGACAAACAAGAACGGCAAGCGCCCUGCCCAUGAUACCUCGGAGGAACUCAGCAAGGUCGGCGGUUGGGUCUACGUCGGCUCACACAACUUCUCGCAGGCGGCUUGGGGCACGGUGAAUCUCAAGAAGACGCCUAAACUCAGCAUUUCCAACUACGAGCUUGGAAUCGUUUUCCCCCUCUCUCGUGACCGUGCCAACGCGAUGGCCAACAAGGUGGCACCUCACAAGCGCCCCGCUCGCCCUUACGGUUCCACGGAUGUCCCCUGGGACCAGGACCACCCUGAUCGUCGUUGA